AUGUCAUCAUCACAACAUCGUUUUGAAAUUCUAUCAUUAACUGUACAAAAUAGUCUCACAUUAAAUUCAAAAGAUUCUCAAUUGCAUGGUGAUAAACAAAUCAUAGCACAAAUUCUACCAACAGCUUCUGAACGAGCUUAUAUAGAAAAUAAUUGUUAUGAUUCACGUCUCGAUCUUGGCUCAAUAGCAUACACAGAUGUUUUACAACGUUUAUUAAGAUUAGGAUUUCAGAUUGAAAUAUCGACAUCAGGAUCUUAUUCCCAACUAAAACCAGAAAAAUCUAUUAGUAAAGAUGAUCGACAACAAUAUUUAUCUCAAGAUACAUGUGUUCUUCAGUAUACUCUCAUCCGAAAGAAUUUUGUAGAAUAG